CGGCCGUGCCGGGUCCUGGGACCAUGACAACGCGCAUGCCCAGCACGGCCUGGCGCACGCGCUGUCUGACGCCUUUCUUAACCUCUGACCUGCCGAUCGCCCUUGAGCCGGGGCCGAGGGUCCAGAGAGCCCAAGCCGGUGCCCAGGAGGCACAGCAGUCGCCAUGGCCAAGUACCUGGCCCAGAUCAUUGUGAUGGGCGCACAGGUGGUGGGUAGAGCCUUUGCUCGAGCCUUGCGGCAGGAAUUUGCAGCCAGCCGAGCAGCAGCUGACGCCCGGGGACGUGCCGGACACCAGUCUGCAGCUGCAUCCAACCUCUCCGGCCUCAGCCUCCAGGAGGCCCAGCAGAUUCUCAACAUCUCCAAGCUGAGUGCAGAGGAGAUCCAGAAGAACUAUGAACACCUGUUUAAAGUGAAUGAUAAAUCCGUGGGUGGCUCCUUCUACUUGCAGUCAAAGGCACAGCAGCUGCAUGUAGCGACUUGGCAGGCCUUUCUUUCCCUGUGCCUCAGCCUCGGUGAGCCCCUUCCAAACUGCCACUCCCUGUGGCUGCCCCAGUUCUGCAGUGCUCAGCUGAGGGAACAGUGGCCCUCCCAGCAGCUGGGACCUUGAAGGAACAGGAGCAACCACUGGGAGUGUAGAGACCCGCACUGUGCCUGCGGAAGUACAGAUGCCCAGUGCCGGGCUCCCCUGGAGGAAGUGCUGUAACAGACUGCCCCUUACCCUGGGACACUGCUACUGUUGAUCUUAGCCAGAAGGCAGAGAAGCAAUCCCCUGGGACACUGCUAAAGGAGGUGUUCAUACCCCACCUACUGCCCUCCAAGGAAGGAAGGGAAGAGGCCAGCCGUGCAGCCAAGAGGCAAGGGGCAGAGGUUCUGCCAGAGCCUGAUCUCCUGACUU